CAUCGAUGUCCGAGUGGUGUUGACCGCGCAGUCCUCUUCGGCUUUGCUGGAGCACCCUCCGUCGAUCCUCGGCGCUGAGACAAAAGCCUGCGAGCUUGGGGGAUUCAAGUGCGCUCGCUCAAGCGUGCUGCCAGGGUGCUCGAGGAGCAACAGCGGCUUGAGACGCCACGUCUGUUACCAUGUCUGCACCGUCCGGCAGUGCGGCUACCUCCGGCCUGUCGAGAGGCUGGUGCGAUGUCUCCCACGAAGCGCAAACGGCCAGGCCGUCUGCUACACAGUCCAACAUGGACAAGCACAGCUUUGAAGCCAUCGUCGCACGGAUCGACGGUCUCCGGGAUCCACAAGAUGAGCUCAAGCUGACCCCGCUCCGCGCGCAUUACCUCAAAAAGGCUCUUGUCAAGCUGCAGGUUCAAAAGGAGGUGCUACUGCUUAGCCGUCCAGAUGCACUGUCCACGCUCGGCCCGCCGUUCAGGCCAUCGGCGCAAGCCCGGACGACGGAUUUACCGAUUAUGCGCUACCUCUUUCAUCACUUCGUCCUGACCUUCCCCUUUCUUCGCUCCGCCCCGCCGAACUUCUUCGCCGACAAGGUGCAGGUCUUCUUCGAUCGCUUCCUCGAGCGCAACAUCUCUGGAAGCGACGAUCGCGAGGAGACCAGCAAGCGGCGCAAGAUCGGCAACAAGAUCGAAAAAUACAUCGUCCUGCUUUUUGGAAGUGCCGUGCAUGUCAAGCCGGACGGCGCAGAUGGAAAGGCAGGCGAAGAGGUGAUCCGCAUAGCAGAGGCGGAUCGAAAGCGGAUCGCCGAGGCCGAGCUGCGCAUGAAGGCAGUCGCGGCAGGCAACCGUCGCUCAGGGCAAUUCGACGUAGAUGUCGUGUCCGUGCGCGCCAUCACCAUGAAAGGCCGGCUACGCUCCAAGAUUCAUGAAGAGUUCAUCAUCCGGUCGCGGACGACCGUGGACAACAAGCGGACAGAUGUUUUUGUCAGUCGACGCUAUGGCGACUUUGUCCGGCUGGCAGAUACCCUGCGUCUCGAGUUCCCUGAUGAAGACAUACGGCCACCGCCUACAAAAGAUCGCUCAAAGGUCGAGUUUCGACAGCGGAGUUUGAAUGCCUCUCCGAUGGCGCCAGCAUCGGUCAACUCGUCCAAUGCUGCUUCACCUGCUAUGAACAUGGUCGACUUGGGAGCAUCACAGGCGCCAGCGCCGGUCCAGGUCAGCGACAAUAUGCCAAUAGCGCGUGAAAAGAAUCGCUUGACGCUCCGCGCGUACCUGCAAUCGCUACUGGCAGUUCCAGCCCUCGCAGAUAGCCGGAUGAUGGAGGACUUCUUGACGCGUGAUCCUACCUCUCUGACUGAGGAGGAGCGCAAGGAUGCUGCCCUCCGUCAGGAGCUUGAUGCAGUGCGGGAGGAAGAAGCGGCACGCUUUGCAGAGGAAAGCAACAAGCGUGUCGCUGCGCUGCAAGAGCAUCUGGCCAAGUUCAAGACGGAUCUCAUCCGCUCGGAUGGACUGAGCCGCAUCUUUGGCACGAUCAAGGCCACGCCGAGCAUGUACGACCUGCCGCAAGAAUACCUCGCGCUGAUCGCCUGGGCGCGCAUCUCUACGGCCAGCACGCUCUUCCACAUGUUCAUGGGCAGUGACACGUCCUCUGAACUUUUCGCGCGCCUCAAGCGCGUGCACGGCCUGAUGCCGUACUUUAUGAUGCGCGGCAUCCUGCGUAUCAGCAACCCGAUCGCCAUGAUCCGCGGCGGGCUCGAUCUCUUCCUCGCGCAGCCGUUUGGGAAGAAGAGUCUCAUCCAACGCAUGUUCAGCAGCGGGCUGCAGGAGGAUGUCAAGGAGCUCUCGGGCCUUUGCGCGGCAGUAGAGGAAAAAGUAGCGGACGAACUGCUGUGUUCGAAGGUGUAUGCUUUUAUCGAGCUGCCGCAGGAGUUGCAGAGCCGACUGCGUAAGACGGCCGCAGACGAGCGCCUAGAUCUCAUCACUGUCAUUCUCCGCAGCGUCGAGUGUGGAGAGCAGCUGCAUGCCGUCCAGAUCGACCGGGUCGUGCGAGCGAGCCGGUCGUACGAGGUGUACAAGGCAUACCGCGCCGGCCUCGCCGAGGACGAAGAGGACGAAGGGCCGCAGAGUGAGGAUGCGUGGCUUUACGAAGACCUGCAUGUCCUCCUGCGCUGUGGCACGCGCCUGCGCGACAAGGAGCAGAUGAUCGAGCUCAUCUUUGAAGGCGUCACCGCCGACCUACUCAAGGACAUCAUCACCAUCUUCUACAGCCCGCUGGCGCAGGUGUACAAGGCUGCAAACAUCUCGGACAGCCUGGUGGAUCUCCAGAGUUUCAUCGACGACCUCAUCCGUACGAUCGAGACGCAUGAAGAACUGAGCUACACGAAUCCCCAGGCAACGGUGCAAGUAUUCAUUGACUUGGUCGCCCGUCAUGAGGCGCGCUUCUACAACUUCGUGCAUCAGGUGCACUCCAAGGGCUCCGGUUUGUUCGACGGCCUGAUGCACUGGAUUGAGCUCUUCAUCAACUUUGUACGCGGCAGCGGGACGAGCGCCAAUGUCGGCGAGCGACGUGGGAUCGGUGCGGUCGAUCUGGACAUCUGCCUGCCCGCCGGCGCUGAGGCACGCAAGAAGGCGAUGGACGAGAUCGAUCUGCUCGUCGUGUAUGCGUACCGCCAGAAGCUGCUGCGCGAGAUCAAGCUACGCAGGCGGCUCGCGGAGAAGGAGGUCGAGGCGGCGGCGGACCGCUUGCUCAAUAAAGGCCCGCGUGCCAGUGCCGGCCUCGGAAGCGACGCGGCGUUCGUCGAGGCCGUCGUUGACAACCUCGGCAUCGGCGACAUGUUUACGGGCGAGAUGGAGGAUGUGGAGGCGGAGGUGGAGGAUGAGGACGAGGAGGAUGAGGACGAAAGAGCCGAGAGCAUUACUCCACGUCAUCGCCAUAAUAGCGAUUCGGACUUGGGACACGGUGCUCAUGGCAGUGGAUGGGCGCCGCGUGUGCACAGCGGUGACGAGGAGCCGAGUGGAAGCAGCUCAGCGCGCAAACAGACAUCGCUAUCUGCGAAGCCGGUGCCUCCUGAGCUUGUUUUGAUUCCGGAGAUGCUGCCGACUUUCAUCGAGAUGGUGCGCCCGCUGCUGCGUCCGGCGCGGACAGCGAACGGGACGGUGCAACGCGGCAACAGCUACGACUUCUUCCUCAACGCCGACACCUCCAUCCCACUUCUUGAUGCUCAGAUGCAGAACGCCCAUCUCGGGUAGGACGCGCAGCGGCAAGGCUGGUCCAAUUAGCUCUGGGGCGCCGACGCAAACACCAACACGCAGGUACCGCACUUAUGCAAUACCCUACGCAUGUGCUAGACAUGACUACAGGCGUUUACGCUAGAAUUGGUAUUCCCUUGAUGUUACGGACACUGUAGACGCAAUUUUCUGCUCAUCAACUAUCUCAGCUCCCUCCGCCAGUCGCAAU